AUGGCGUCAAAAAACGGAAACGACAAAAAGCAGCAGCCGGCCACGGCGGCGGUUAACCUGAUCGCCGGCGGUGGUGCUGGAAUGAUGGAAGCUCUUGUGUGCCAUCCUCUCGAUACUAUCAAAGUACGGAUGCAGCUUUCGAAGCGGGCGCGAGCUCCGGGGGUUAAAGCUCGUGGCUUUCUUGCGACUGGACAAGAGAUUAUCAGACGAGAAACAGCCCUUGGACUGUACAAGGGUCUAGGAGCCGUCCUCAGUGGAAUCAUACCGAAGAUGGCCAUCCGAUUCACAUCCUAUGGUUAUUAUAAGCAAUACCUCACGAACCCCGAGACGGGGAAGCUCUCAAGUUCCGCCAACAUGCUUGCUGGUCUGGCUGCUGGUGUAACCGAAGCCGUGGCGGUUGUCACACCCAUGGAAGUCAUCAAGAUCCGUCUACAAGCCCAGAGCCACAGUUUGGCAGACCCCCUCGAUAAGCCAAAAUACCGAAGUGCACCCCACGCCUUAUUCACCGUGAUUAGGGAGGAAGGCUUCGGCGCCAUAUACCGUGGUGUCAGCCUGACGGCUCUCCGCCAGGGAACCAACCAAGCUGCCAAUUUCACGGCGUACUCUGAGCUUAAGAAGCUUUUGAAGGACUGGCAGCCUCAGUACAACGAGCUACCAUCCUACCAGACCAUGUGCAUCGGUCUCAUCUCCGGUGCUAUGGGUCCAUUCUCAAACGCGCCGAUUGAUACCAUCAAGACCAGGCUGCAGAAGACGCCCGGAGAGCCCGGACAGUCCGCCAUAUCGCGAAUCACAGCCAUCUCAAAGGAGAUGUUCAAGCAAGAAGGUGCUAGAGCAUUCUAUAAGGGUAUCACGCCUCGUGUCAUGAGAGUCGCACCCGGUCAGGCCGUCACCUUCACAGUGUACGAGUUCUUGAAGGAGAAGCUGGAGAGAAGCAAUUGGGCCAUCAUGGGUGGGAAGUAUGAAGAAUAA